CAUGGACCAAAUACUACUGUAUGUAUCAGAAGAACAACAAAAUACUGACCAUGAUCCCCUUCAACCCUGUGCAGAAUGCCAAAUUACCGAGCAGUACAGAAACCAUGGUUUUAACCUCCUGUGUCAGGAGAGCAACAGAUUCCAUAGACAAAAGAUUCUGUUUUGACAUUACUGCACAAGACAGACAAGGGACAUACACCUUACAAGCUCUAUCAGAAGAAGAUAGAAGUCUGUGGCUGGAUGCCAUGGAUGGGAGAGAACCUAUAUAUUUAAUGCCAAAACAGAAAGUAGAAGAGAGUUCAUUAGAUGAUACAGGUUUCCUAUUUAUUCAAAGAUGUAUAGAUGCUAUAGAAGCAAGAGGUCUUGAGGACCAAGGACUGUACAGAGUUGUAGGAGUCAAUUCUAAGGUUACUAAACUUGCACAAAUGGGGUUAGAUAGGCGGAAACUGGACAAGUUGAACUUAGAUGAUGAAGAAAUUAAGACCAUUACCAGUGCACUCAAGAAUUACUUCAGGUCCCUCCCAGAGCCUAUAAUGACAUUUAAACAGCACACACAGCUCCUUGCUGCUGCCAAAUUGGAGCAGAAGAAGGAUCGUGUGAGAGAAAUCCACAAACUAGUCCACCAACUCCCAGAGGCCAAUUUCAAGUUUUUACGGGUUCUUAUCAAGCAUCUCAGAAUGGUGUCUCAGAAGCAUGCAGUGAACCUGAUGACAGUGUCCAAUGUUGGGGUGUGCUUUGGGCCCACACUAAUGAGGCCGGAGGAGGAGACAGUGGCAGCUAUCAUGGAUAUCAAGUUCUGUAACAUUGUGGUAGAAAUUCUUAUUGAGAACUAUGACUUGAUAUUUGGAGGUUCACCAGACCAAUCUGAGAAUGGUCCAGCCAGCCAGGUCCCAGAGAGUCCUAGAAGGUCUCUCCCAGUGCCUGAGCAUGUCCAGUCACCCACUAACUUGGCGCCAGGUGGCCCCACAUCUCCAGGGAGAAACUACGCAAACUUGGAUAACAAUGUGAACAACAAUUCUUCUGGCUACAAAGGUCUCGACGCGGGGCAGACAUAUGCUCAAUACAGGAGUCGUCUGCGGCCAGUCGCCAUUUAUAAUCCUGGAACUCCUGCAGCGAGAUGGAAAAGCCCAGGCAGCACUGAUGUGUACAGCAGCACCAGUAGCAGUUCAGAAUCCCUGAGUUCCAAGUCGUCCAGCAACAACCAAUCCAGUCCUUCCAUCAACACUCUGUCUCAGUCUUCUCCCCAGCUGGACGUGAGUCGCCGCCCCCUCACCCAGCCCCCCAUGUAUGCUAACACUGCUGCUCUGGCAGACCAAGGAGGCCUUCUGAGUCCAAAAGACAUAAUGAGGCUGGAUCAGCCGCCCCAGUUGAGGCGGGAAGAUGGUUACCAUAACAACAGUUACCAUAACAACGAGGCCCGGCCUAAAAGUGCCACUUUUGAUCUCUUCCUAUCGCACACUACCUUGCUUUCCAGCCGUGCAUCUAGUUAUACCCCGAGUUCAGUGUCACCAGUUGUCACCAGACCUGUUAGGCCUCCACCAAUUGGUGGUGGUCUGAAGAAACGGCAGUCUGCUGAUGCAAUCUUAAAGCGUUCUGCUAAGGAAGAACUCUCUAAGCUCAUGUAAGAGGCUGCUUUAUUGCGGUAGCCGAGCACCUGUUUGAUAAUGUGGCUGUAUAUUUAUAUACGUUAUAUGCGUCAGCUUGUUGUGGUUAUAUAGGACUGCUUUCUGUGAGGUGGUUAGUGGUUUAUUGGCAGUAGUGCAUGUAGAUGUAUAGGCUUUGGCAUUGGUGUUGUGGUAUGCGCUGGUCGUAGGUUUGGCUAAAGGAUACUUAGGGAUUAGGAUCUCCCCAUUAAUCCUUGUUUUUCCCUCUGCCAGAGAAAGUUAUUAUUGCUCAAUAGUAUAAUGUACCCAAAUCCAUAACCAAAUGGCUUAUUAUAAAGUUUUUGCACUAAAUUGAUGUAUUUUGCAUAAAUGGCUUACAGUCAGUAUAUAUGAGAUUGAUUAUAAUAGCAGAGAAAUUUUUUGUCAAAGCUGUAGAAAAAGAUAAAAACUAUCAGAAUUGACCUAAAUUUGAUAUAUAAUGUUGAAAACUGGGAGAAAUUAAGUGCAUUUGGGUGAUAAAUAAAUGCCCCCCCCCCCC